CCAGCAGCCCUAACCCUCAUCGUUAGUUCGCUCUACGUUUAACCUCUAGAAUCACCUUCCUCCCUAAGCCUCAUCCAUGGCGUUUCUUGUCAAAAUCUCUUUUGAACAUCAAAUCCAGUUUUUAAACUUCUCAUUACAAGCCUUUCUACGCCACAUAAAAAGGCUCCGGAGAGCCGGGGUGUGACUUCCCUAGCACAAGGGCACCACCUAGGAACUCUAGGAAGGACAGUGCGUUCCGGUUCCGUAAUGGAUUGGCUCCAGUUCUUCUUUCUCCAUCCUGUAUCACUUUAUCAAGGGGCUGCUUUCCCCUUCGCGCUUCUGUUUAAUUAUCUCUGCAUCACGGAAUCCUUUCCCACCCGGGCCAGGUACCUCUUUCUCCUGGCUGGAGGAGGUGUCCUGGCUUUGGCCGCCAUGGGUCCCUACGCUCUGCUCAUUUUCAUCCCUGCUCUCUGUGCCGUGGCUAUGAUCUCCUCCCUCAGUCCACAGGAAGUCCAUGGGCUGACUUUCUUCUUUCAGAUGGGUUGGCAAACCCUGUGCCACCUGGGUCUUCACUACAAGGAGUACUACCUGUGUGAGCCUCCCCCUGUGAGGUUCUACAUCACUCUUUCUUCCCUCAUGCUCUUGACGCAGAGAGUCACGUCUCUCUCCCUGGACAUUUCUGAAGGGAAGGUGGAGGCAGCGUGGAGGGGCACCAGGAGCAGGAGUUCUUUGUGUGAGCACCUGUGGGAUGCUCUACCCUAUAUCAGCUAUUUGCUCUUUUUCCCUGCACUCCUGGGAGGCUCCCUGUGUUCCUUUCAGAGAUUUCAGGCUUGCGUUCAAAGACCAAGGUCUUUGUAUCCCAGUAUCUCUUUCUGGGCUCUGACCUGGAGGGGUCUGCAGAUCCUUGGGCUGGAGUGCCUCAAGGUGGCGCUGAGGAGGGUGGUGAGUGCUGGCGCUGGACUGGAUGAUUGCCAGCGACUGGAGUGCAUCUACAUCAUGUGGUCCACCGCUGGGCUCUUUAAACUCACCUACUACUCCCACUGGAUCCUGGACGACUCUCUCCUUCACGCGGCGGGCUUUGGAUCUGAGGCUGGCCAGAGGCCUGGAGAGGAGAGAUACGUCCCGGAUGUGGACAUUUGGACAUUGGAAACUACCCACAGGAUCUCCCUGUUCGCGAGGCAGUGGAACCGAAGCACAGCUCAGUGGCUCAAGAGGCUUGUCUUCCAGAGGAGCCGGCGCUGGCCCGUGCUGCAGACUUUUGCCUUCUCUGCCUGGUGGCACGGACUCCACCCAGGACAGGUGUUUGGCUUCCUGUGCUGGUCUGUGAUGGUGAAAGCCGACUAUCUGAUCCACACUUUUGCCAAUGGAUGUAUCAGAUCCUGGCCCCUGCGGCUGCUUUAUAGAUCCCUCACUUGGGCCCACACUCAGAUCAUCAUUGCUUACGUAAUGCUGGCCGUGGAGGGCCGGAGCUUUUCCUCUCUCUGCCGGCUGUGCUGUUCUUACAACAGUAUCUUCCCUGUAACGUACUGCCUUUUGCUUUUUCUAUUAGCGAGGAGAAAACACAAGUGUAACUGAGAGCUUUCCCUGCCCUUCAUCCCUCCCAGGCAUUAAACGCUGCUUAGAAAAUACCAGAGGAUGCCUUGUUGAAUAACGUAUUUAAUUUUUUUCUUUUUUUUUUUAAGAUUUUGUUUAUUUCAUGUAUAUGAAUACACUGUAGCUGUCUUCAGACACACCAGAAGAGGGCAUCGGAUCCCUGUUACAGAUAGUUGUGAGCCACCAUGUGGUUGCUGGGAUUUGAACUCAGGACCUCUGGAAGAGCAGUCAGUGCUCUUAACCACUGAGCCAUCUCUCCAGCCCUUAAUUUUUUUCAUAGUGAAAGUUUUUUAAGUAUUGAAUGGAUAAACAUGAGGGCUGGCCACAGAAAUGUGCUUCUCUUCUGGGGUGGUUUGAAUAUUAAUGGCUCCCGUAAGUUUAUAUAUUUAAAUGCUUAGACGGUGGCACUGUUUGAAAGGUCUAGGAGGUGUGGUUUGUCGGAGGAAGUGUGUCACUAGGGGUGGGUUUUGAAGUUUCAAAAGUCCAGCCCUGGGUUAGUAUCUUUCCCUGCUGCCUGCCGAUCUGGAUGUAGAACUCUAAGCUCCUCCAGCACCAUCUGCCUGUGUGCCGCGAUGGUUCCUGCCAUGUCAAUGAUGGACUAAACCUCUGGAAUUAUGUCAGCCCCAAUUAAAUAACUUACUUAUAGGAGUUUCUAUGGUCGAGGUCAUUACAGCAGAACAGUAAUUAAGACAUUAACACAAGCUAUUCUGUUGUUACUGAGGUACAAACCAGAGAAGCACGGGGACUCUUCUAGAAUGUGGAAGUAAUGUUGAAGUAAAGCUGUAUAUAGAAAUGUCAGGUGUGGAGAGAGAGCAUGAUUGAGUGAGUGUCUGGCCAGCAGAUGGGAGCUCCUGGGUUCAAUACUCACUACCAGAUUUAAAAAAAAAAAAGCAUCCUACUACUGUAAACCACACGAGGAUGUUAUAUGCACUGAGAUUCAAAUGCUCAGUGCCCAGUGGGCUCAGUUGAUUCUGGGAUGUGAAUUACAGCAAUCUGGCACAAAGGACUUCUUAUUGCUAAAAUCAAAUAUUAGAGACAGGCUGACUUAUGAAGAAAAGGAGGUUUGUUUAGGUCUCAGGUUUAAAGGCUCAAAGUCUGUUGGUUUUAGCUUAUGUCAAGGUCCUGACUGUGGAUUCUGUCACAUCACAGCAGAAGUACAAACAAAGACAGUGACUCAAAUCUCAGAGUAAACCAGAGAGCUGACAGGACCAAUAUUACUUUCUUUAACACUCCUCUUGGGAAAAUUACUAAGACAUCUCAUGAAAACUACUGUCAACUCUUCGGGUCACGUGACUCCAUUGGGGUCCAUCUCUUAAAGGUUUUUCUGUCGGUCAACACUGCCACCCUGGGCACCAGGUCUCCAACACACUCCUCUAGGAAACAUUAAUAUAAGUCAGGCAAGGUGGCACAAAACUGAAAUCCCAGGACUCAGGAAUCCUAGGCAAGAAAACCCCAAGUCUGAAGCUGCUGGGUACUGCAUAGUGAAACCCUGCCUCAAACAGAGAAACCAGAAAACAAAAAGUAUGUCAGACAGAAAGCAAAAAUGACAAAACUCAGCCAUGUUAUCACGAACUCAGCCCUAGCCAUAAGCUUGAAAAACUUAAGCCUGUGGGGCCAUCCCAACUCUGAACACGUCUCUUUACGUCCGACGAGACUGGAACUUCUGCUGGACCUUACAGAUGAGCGAAUGCUACACUUGAGGUCACUGAAGGACUGAAGCUGGCUUCCCUGUUCUGUACCUGAGCUGUUUAUUUAACCUGCCUUUCAGAGAACAGUGUAGCACCAACCUUCCUCGGCCUUGAACUUCCUAUGCAAACAUCUUUUACGAGCGAAGCUAAUGAAAAGUUGUAAUCUUUUGUUAUAUACUCUUACAUGCCCUUGACCCAGAUAAUGCAUGUGGAUCAUUUGCCGAAAGCAGCUGUCUUAGUUAAGGUUUCUAUUGCUGGGAAAGGACACCAUGACUAAUCAUGACAACUCUCACAAAGGCAAACAUUUAAUUGGGGCUGGCCUACGUUCAGAGGUCUCGUCCAUUGUCAUCAUGGCAGGAAGCACGGCGGCAUGCAGGCUGACACGGUGCUGGAGGAGUUGAGAGUUCUCUAUCUGUAUCUGCAGGUAGCAGGAAGCAAGAUGACACUAGGCGUGGCUUGAGCUUCUGAGAUCUCAAAGCCCAUCCCAGAGACACACUUCCUCCAACAAGGCCAUACCUUCUAAUAGUUCCACUCCCUAUGGGUUUAGGGGGACAUUUUCAUUCAAACUACCACAGCAGUAAAUACAGAAAUGGAAAGCAACGUCCUAAAAUGUACUAUAAAGGUUGAAAGAAAUAUUUAUUGAUUGAUAAACGAUGAUGUUUGUUGUCUGGGUCAGUCAAGAUCAGUUGUGUUGUGGAGUCUGCUUAAAUCCAACAUACAUCCAAUCUAAUUCAAACAUCAGGUCAAUGCAGAUGUCAACAUUUUAUAGUAAUCACGCUGGUACUGAUCUAUCAGGGCUGACGAACAGACUCAGGAGCUAAUUAUGACCCUGAAGGGACCUUGUACAGCAUAUUUAAAGGAGGAAACCAUAAAGCAAGGGGAGUGGUGUGGGCUCUGGUAUUGACCAAUCAUAUUUUGACAUAAGUUGAACAAGGGAGUGUCCAUCAGUCGGGAUAGGAGUUGGUUCCUGGGGCUGGGAACAAGAACUUUGACCUUGCCUGCAAGAUGGAAAAGUUGUCCUUGAGAUGUCUGGACUCGGACAACUGUUUCCUUACAACAGAAGCUGUUCAGCUAUUGGGAAGUCCCCAGCUCCCUUAGAACCUUGGACCUUGAAUUUAGUUUCUCCCUAUGAUUAAAUGGAGUCUGAAAAUGAAA